CAAAUUGCCAAGCAUCUUCAAUCAAGAGUGAAUAAGAUUAAUACAAAGUAAACCAUUUAAAUAAUUAAUUAAUCUAAUUAGUCUCAAGCUGUCCCCACACCUCAGCCUAUCUGCUACUCUAUAUAAAAAUAUGCAGUUUGUAGAAACAGAUAUACAAAAAAAUCAGUAAAACCAAAAGGAAAUGGCGGAUUCAUCAGCUGUUGAUCACCAAUACGAUCGAAUUCAAAUGCUCAAAGCUUUCGACGAAACGAAAGCCGGCGUCAAAGGCCUCAACGAUUCAGGUCUGUUCAAACUCCCAGAAAUCUUCGUGAGGCCAUCGGCGGAGCUGAUUGCGGAUCUAAAACACGAGAAGGCUCAUGAAAUUGAAGUUCCUGUGAUCGAUCUGAGCGGCGUCGACGACGGCGGUAGAAGAAAGCAGAUCGUUGAAGAAGUGAGAAGUGCUGCGGAAACAUGGGGGUUUUUCCAAGUGGUGAAUCACGGAAUUCCUCAGCGCGUUGUUGAUGGAAUGAUCGAUGGCGUCCGCGGUUUCCACGAGCAGGAUGUGGAUCAGAAGAAGAAGUAUUAUUCGCGAGAUACAACGAGAAUUGUGAGGUAUGCCAGCAGUUAUGAUCUGUUCACGUCCAGAACCGCAAGCUGGAGGGAUACGCUGAGCAUUUCGGUUAAUUCAGGCUCUCAUCUUCUCGAUCCUCAGGAAUUGCCCGCGAUUUGCAGAGAUUCAACAGUAGAAUACUCAAAACAUGUUGAGAAUUUGGGAAAUAUUCUGCUGGGGAUAUUGUCUGAGGGUCUGGGACUAAAAGCAGAGUUCCUGGGAAAUAUGGAAUGUACAAAGGGGCAUCGUCUCCACGGCCAUUACUAUCCGGCAUGCCCUGAGCCUGAGCUCGCAAUCGGCACGACGAAGCAUUCGGAUGCAGGAUUCCUCGCAAUUCUUCUGCAAAACCAACUUGUUAGCGGUCUGCAGGUUUUGUGCGAAGGUCGAUGGAUUGAUAUUCUACCUGUUGAAGGAGCUUUAGUCAUAAACAUUGGUGAUCUUCUUCAGUUGGUGUCGAAUGGGAAAUUCAGAAGCAAUGAGCACAGAGCAUUAGCAAAUCGUGAUGGACCGAGGAUUUCGGUGGCGUGUUUUUUCUCUGGGCCUAUAUAUAACCCGGCAAAGAUUUAUGGCCCUAUCGAGGAGCUGAUUACAGAAGAAAAUCCUGCAGUUUACAAAGAGAUUGUGAUUAGUGAAUAUCUAAUGAAGUUCCUAGCUACUGGACUCGACAAUUAUCGUGCUCUUGAUUAUUACAAGGUGUGAAGAUGGUAAUAUGGAGUGUAAUAUGUUUUACUAAUUUAUAUGAUCGUUGGAAAAUUGCAGUGAUGUUAUGAAUAAGAAACGAGGGUGCUCGUCUCAAAGGGAAGGUGUAAUAAUGUAAAAAAAGUUCAAGAACAUUUGUAUUACGAGGUUCGCUCAAUAUCAUAUUAUAAGCCAUAUAUUGAUGUUGAA